CUGGUUCGCGGUUUUGAGGCUAACUUGUCAAAAGUGCUGAUGCUUGAAGGAGAAUACUGCGGCAUCUCUGGGCGAAAGGACCACUGGAUACUCGCUUCCUGUUGACGUACAGACGUAUGAACGUCCCGAAGGAAGACCACGAAUGAGUCCGCCCAUGAAGGCUGCAGUCUUCUGCUCCUCGGUAAACAAAAGUGAGAGUGUUGAAUCCUUCUCGAAAUAUUGACCUUAAAGUUUUACGGCGGGUUUACUUUUGAUGUCACAGUUCUGGUAUCGCUGCACGUCUGUUGGCGAACAGUUUCUCUACCUUAUUAUAUGUUUUCUCGGCACGCUCGCUCGCUUGUAGUCGAGUGGGGCUCGAGUUACCGGAGAGGGUCAAGCAGUUCACUGCAGUGGGGAGAAUUCCAUGGCCGAGGCGCGGUGCGGACAGGAGCAGAGUAUGCGGGACGUGCGAGACUCGGGUGGUGGAAGGAGGCACCCUCGUCGACCAAACGCACCAGCAGAGAGAAAUAAACCAGAUCAACAGCCCUCCAGCCAAGGGGCUCUUUCCUCCAUCCGGGCUGCCAUCAUGAGAACUUCUAGAAGCACAGCUCAGGAACAGCACAGAGAGAGACGCCGCAGACGACCACAGAUCACCAUCCUCUCCGCAGAACCAAUGGCUCCUUCCUGGUUCCCAGCAGCCCCUCCCCCAUCAACAGUACAGCUCCCUCCCCCCUCUUAUGAGCAGGUGCUGAGAGAGAAGACUCGUGAGCAGCAGCAGCAGCAGCUCGUCUCUCCUUCUCCUUCCCCUUCUCCUUCUCCUCUCACCACCUCAUCCCUCGCUCCAUCUCCCUCUCCGUCGCACUCCACCAUCGCAACACAGACUGAUGUUCCACCCGUACCCCCACCCCCACAGGCCACUGCAGGCAACCCAACAACAAGAGCGGCCCUCAGAAGACCUCCCAGGCCACCCAAACCCCCCUGUCCCCCCAAGCCAGACGUUGACACACACACACCUGCGCACACAUCCACCGACCAUCUGCUAACGCAGCAGCCAGUCCGUCCCAGACCCCGUCCCCGCUCCAGAGCAGACCUGCGGCCAAUCAGCCAAGAGGUAGCCGGCUCUCCGCCAAUGAGUGGCGAGAGUCCUGGCAGUGGCAUGCCAAAGUCCCGGUCCCUGAGCAGUGAGAUUGUUGUUGCUCAGCCUGUCAGCGGCGAAAGAGUGGUGCCUCAACCAAUCGAGAGCGAGCGUGCAGUGACUCCCCCAAACGGCCCAUCAGAGAGUGUGUGUGCUCAGAGCGAGGGUGUGUGUUUGGGGCCGGAGAGUGUGUGCGUCGGGGGUCAGUACCUGCAGGACCUGCUGGAUGUUUUCGGGCCUGAUUCCAGCCACCGCCAUGACGCCCAAAGCGAUGGAGACCACUGUGGAGAAGUGGGCGAGGAAGAGGAGGCAGAGGAGGAGGAGAUAGGGGCGAGCCCCCGUCCACAGCCCAAACCCCGCAGGCGAACGCAGACACACACUCCCAUACACACUCAAGGAUCUGCCUCAGGGUCCCCACCUCCACCCCAACCACAGCCACGCAGGAGGAGCCUGCCAGCAGCCACCAGCACAUCAGCGCAGGGCAGUCCACAGGACUCAGAUGGUCAGAUGAAUCCAGUCUAUACUGGACCAGGGAUGCCUCCUCGAUUUCUCCCACUCCGUCCUCCACCCAUCAAACUGGCCAAACCUCCCGAUCUUAUUGGCUCUUGCUCAGCCUCAGCCAAUCAGCAGCAGGGUCAGAGGGUUCCGAAGAGAGGACCACCGCUACCACCCCGUCCAAAACCAGGACACCCGAUCUGCAAGAGCUCACAGAAAGAAAAUGUCAGUCUGAUGGACCUCAGUGACACACUGGCAGGCUUGGAUACGAACACAGACGUGUGUCCAGACACGCCCUCGGACGUAAACGCACUCGCGGAUGGGCCCGCUCUGGUGAACACGCCUGUGAACGCAUACACACACGCUCACACCCACACAGAUGUGCAGACACAGAGUAAUGAGGCGAGAAACUCCGAUGGGACGUCGCUAGAGAUCCCUUCACUUCAGUCGAAUUCCAUCAUUCUCACGGAGAAGUCCACCACUUCAGCUAUGUGCUGUGUUGCUAUUUUUGCUUUCGGUGGGGAAGAGAAAGAUGAGCUGUCGUUCUCUGAAGGUGAUGUCAUCAUGCUGACAGAUUAUGUAAACGAUGAGUGGGGCCGUGGACACUUGAAAGGGCAUUCCGGAAUUUUCCCCUUGUGCUUUACCUCAUCACCUCAGCUGCAUUCUAAACUUCACAAGGUCAAGGCAGGCCAAGACUGAAUAGAAGGACGUGUUCUCACUAAAGGUGGGGGGUGUUGUCAGUGCACUGUUGCGAGAUGCUGAUUGGUCUGGUUGUAAAUGAGGCGGAGUCCCAAAACUCAGCAGAACUUAAUACCAUUGGUCAGGAACAGUGUUGUGUUUUACCAUAAGGGUGUUACUUGCUGUCCAGGGGGGUAUUCUAAGUACGUGGUUUAGUGAC